AUGCCAGUGGCAGUAGGACCGUAUGGCCAGCAACAGCCAGCCUGCUUUGACAGAAUUAAAAUGGGAUUCAUGAUGGGCUUUGCUGUUGGGAUGGCAGCUGGUGCCAUGUUUGGAACCUUUUCCUGUCUAAGGUUAGUUAAGUUAACCCAACGUCGAUAACGAUUUACCUUUUACAAGUAGGCCUACACUGAAAUGCAAGACACUUUGUAAGAAUGCCAUAGUCUGUGCUUGGGCAUCACGGAUUUCUUUACUAUAUCAGUUUUCAUAUGAUUUGUGUUGCAGCCAUCCACAGUGCAUAGUGGUUUGUUCAAUAGAACUCCAUUGUGUUAUGUGAUUUUGUUCAAAUGCUGUAUUUUUUCUUCCCUCAGGGUUGGCAUGAGAGGCAGAGAGCUGAUGGGAGGAGUUGGGAAGACGAUGAUGCAGAGUGGAGGCACGUUUGGUACAUUUAUGUCCAUUGGGAUGGGCAUUCGCUGCUGA